AAGCACAUUAAAGCCACGUGCGUGGGAGAGCGGGGUUAGUGAGUUUUUACUGAACCUGGAUGAACUCAUCCUUCUUUGCUAAACUUGCACUACUUUCAAAACACGUAUCAGCACACUGCGCAUUGAUACAGGGCUAAGUGCAGUAUUCGCGUGCGUGUGUUGGGACAGAGAUGAACGCAGAGGUGGAUUACGGAGGCUCCGGGAGCAGCGGGAACGGAAAGCUGCGCCAGUGGCUCAUCGAGCAGGUGGACUCCGGCAAAUAUCCCGGGCUGGUGUGGGAGAACGAGGAGAAGAACAUCUUCAGGAUACCGUGGAAACACGCCGGGAAACAGGACUACAACCGUGAUGAGGAUGCCGCGCUUUUCAAGGCCUGGGCGCUGUUUAAAGGCAAGUUUCGGGAGGGGAUCGACAAGGCCGACCCGCCGACCUGGAAGACUCGCCUCCGCUGCGCCCUCAACAAGAGCAAUGACUUCGAGGAGCUGGUGGAGAGGAGCCAACUGGACAUCUCAGACCCGUACAAAGUCUACCGCGUCAUCCCUGAGGGCGCCAAGAAAAGACCCCGACAGGAUGACAGUCCUCUGAGUCCAAUGAGCUAUCAGGUGCACUCCCCCUAUCCUGCACUGCAGACUCAGAUGCCACAGUACGUGCCCACACCAGAGUGUGGCUGGAGAGAUUACUGUCAGGAACAGGCCGCCCUGCCUGAGCUGCCCUACAGUCAGUGUCCCUGUCCCCCCCGCAGCCUGCCAUGGCAGGGCCCGUCCAUGGAGAACGGGUACCAGCUCAGAGCCUCCAUUUACUCGUACGGUCCUGCUGACAGCCAGCCCUCGCCUUUCUCACUGGACGCCAGCAUCAGAUCAGCGGAGGCGCUCUCAGACUUCCGCCUGCAUGUGUCUGUAUAUUUCCGGGAUACUCUAGUGAGGGAGGUGACCACCUCCAGUCUGGAGGGGUGCCACAUCACCCCAGAAGAGAAGCACUACCUGCCGCCCGCAGGCCCCGAGGUGAUCCCCCUGCCUGUGGACAGUCUGUCAGCCCAAAGGGGGUCAGAGGAGUGUCCCCCGAGUCCGCCGUCCAGCCUGGAGAGGGGAGUGUUACUGUGGAUGGGCCAAGACGGACUGUACGCUCGGCGGCUGUGUCAGGGCCGAGUGUACUGGCAGGGAGGACUGCCCCAGUACGGGGACAAGCUCGACAAACUGGAGAGAGAGGUCACCUGUAAACUCCUCCACACACAGGACUACCUGACAGAGAUCCAGAGCUGUGGGCUCCACGGCCGGCCGCUGCCUCGCUUCCAGGUCGUGCUUCAUUUUGGGGAUGAGUGUCUGGACCCGCAGCGACAGAGACGCACCCUCACAGUCCAGGUGGAGCCGCUGUUUGCCAGGCAGCUCCAGUACUACGCCCAGCAGAUGGGCAGCCACUACUACCGCAGCUACGAGCACCCGGGGGUCACGGAGCACCUAAGCACCUCUGAGGACUACCAGCGGACCAUCGCACACCACCACAGCAGCAGCCUGCAGGAGUGAUCUCAGAAGGUUCAAGUGACUGUUGAAAACUUCAAGAUGCAGCAGUGACCUUUGACCCAGGAGACGGGAGGACAAUGUAUUAUACAGAAAAAUGAUGGACAAAAGUUACAGUAACUGUUUGUGUGCCUGUGUGUGUGUGUGUGUGUGAGUGUGUGUGUGGCAGGAACAAAAGUUGCAGUGUUAUUUCUUUUCUCACCUUACUUUAUUAUUACGACAACAUGAAUAUUUUUCAUUUCAUUCUUACUAUGCAACGAAAACUGACAGCUUAGGUGAUUGUACUGUAGGAAACUGUGUGGUGAAUUUUAGAUCCUGAAAGUGCUCAUAUUAUGUUUUUUUCCCGUUUUCCCUUAUCUUUAUUGUGUUAUAUAUGUGUUAUAUACAUAUUUUUUGUGCACGUUAUAGGUUUACAAAGUGAAAAAGCCCAAAGUCCCCCCCCUAAAGGGACUUAUCAUCUCCAACAGAAAA